AUGUUCCAGCCAAUACUCACAGGGAGUUCAAGAGCACGACGCCAAACCGGUCGAGGCAUUGGAUCAGUCGUCGGUAUCGAAGAUGUCGGGACUGACAAACCUCCGAUGCCUAUGAGCAUGUUACUCAACGGUGCCAAGGUAACUCAGAGCCCUCACAGCGGGAAGAAAGAGAACUCGUCGACUAUUCAACACGUUUCACAAGGACUUACUAUUACGGAGAAAAGUAAAGAACGCGUUGUCGGAGUUGGCACAGGAAGUCGCGACCUCAACAGUCGAACUCCAACAAUAUUCGAACACGAAAGGACUCAAGGAUCUCGAUCGGAGGUCAACUGGAGCGGGAGGAAGGUUGUAGUGAACGGCAGAACUAUUGGAGUUGGAGAAGGCACCUUUACAUUCGGCAAUAAACCAACUGAUGCCGCAGCGAAGAAGGAGCAUUAA